UAUAUUGCUCGCCAUCCAGUAUUAACUGCAACAAAUACAACACCUUUAUUCAUGACGUUCUGUCUAUAGUCGUAUUUUUAAUUAGACGAAGUCGAUUGACGUUUACUGUGUUGUCAGUUUUUGAUGAAAUAGAAAUAGUGUUGCGAAAUAGUGAAUGAUUGAAAAAACAAUUAAAUGAAUGAAAUUGCCUCAAUUGUCCAGUGUAUAGUUAGUGAUUCGAACUGCCCAUAUCGGGUACGGGGUACGAAUUUUAAUCAGAAUACAUACCAAUAGGUUUUCGUUGACCAUGUUUCUAUACAUAGUAUCUACCUAAACAUUAAGGAAUUUAUUUUGCGUUGCAACUUUUGAAACUGCCCUAUAUGUAGUUGCAUUAGAGAUAAUAAUAUAAAAAUAAAAAAAUUGCUUAUAAAAUCAUUUAUUUUUAUUCAUCUUCAUCCUCCGAUACAAAAUCGUCACUAUCACUUUCGGUCACAUUAAUAAUAAAUCUAUCUGAAAUGUUGUCAAUUAUGUGGUCGAGACCGUACAUUUUUUCUUCUUCUUUUAUGACGUGGGACACGCAGCUUUUCCAUUUUUAUGCUGUGACAAGGUUAAGUCCUUCUUCAAAAAGUUUUUUCAUUCCUGCAUUUUAAAUGUUUUGUUUUUCCUUGCCACAUACCCUUUAGCCUGCGCCCAUACCAACUCAAUGGGGUUGAGCUCACAGUGGUAUGGGGGCAGGCGUAAUACGGUUAUACCAUGCUGCGCCACCAUCUCGUCCACAACAAACUUUUCACCGUGUUGGUGUUUAUGUUGCCGUACAAUUUCUAUCAGUGUAGCUUUAAUCAUCGUGGUUUCAAAUGAUAUAUUUUUGCUCGUUAGCCACUCUUGAAUUCUAGACUUAGUCCAGGACAUUGUAGGAAACGAUUCGAGUUUCCUGGAGUGAUAGGGGGCAUUAUCUACAGUGUGUUUGGUCAUGUACUAGCGAUAUUCUAAGAGCUCGUUCCCACCUGUCGGCUAUCGGAUCCGUAUAUUAAUCGGAUGUCGGCGCCUUUGUUCACACACACGAUUAAUAAUCGGUUGUCGGCCACGGUCGAAGCUAGUGCCAAUUUCAAGCACUCUACGCGAGGCGAUUGUGCACGAUGGACGUCGACGAAGCUCUUGUUGUGAUGUAUUAUUAUUUGAGAAGAAAACGAAGAAAGACAGCCAAGGAAAGAAAAUAUUGGGUGCACCCAAUCCUGAGAGAAAGAUUUAGUUUGGGAACAUUUCAGAAUUUAAUAACAGAAUUGAGGAGUGACGAAAUUAAGUUUUUCAAUUAUUUUAGAAUGUCGAUAACUACAUUCAACCAUCUAUUGGCUCAAAUAUCAGUGAGCAUAAACUACCAAAAUACGAGAUUUAGAGACUGCAUUUGUACUGAAGAAAGGUUGGCGAUAUUUUUAAGAUAUUGCGCAUCGGGUUGUUCCUUCAAAGAAUUGCACUAUAGUUACAGAGUUGGUGUGUCAACUAUUAGUAAAAUCUGCAAAAAAAUUAGUUCCACUAUCUGGGAUGUAUUAAGAGACGAGUUCAUGCAAAUUCCUGAUAAUGAGCGUAAAUGGUUGGAAAUUGCAAAAAGUUUUGAUAUGAAAGCCAACUUUCCGCACUGUCUUGGAGCAGUUGAUGCCGUUGUUGAUUCAGAAUAUCGUUUUAUUUUUAUGAGUGUUGGCUCGUAUGGAAAAGAAUGCGAUUCUUCAAUAUUCAAGGAGUCAACUAUAUGGAAGAAACUGAAUGAUGGUAGUUUAAAUAUACCAAAACCAAGGCCUCUACAUGCAACACUUCAAAAUGAUAUGCCUUAUGUUCUCGUGGGCGAUGAGGCUUUCCCUCUGUCAACAAAUUUGUUAAGACCUUUUGGAGGCACUCAUUUAGACCACAUGAAAAAAAUAUUUAACUAUCGUUUAAGUCGGGCAAGAAGGUACGUUGAAUGCGCAUUCGGUAUUUUAGCCAAUAAAUGGAGAAUAUUUCAUCGGCCACUGGAUGUCCACCCAGACACGGCUAUCGAAAUUGUAAAAGCGUGUACAGUAUUACACAAUUUUGUAAGAGAAAAGGACGGUCUGAACUUUGAAGAUAUUCAUUAUGCGGCAGAAAAUCCGAUGCAAGAACAAGUACAACUGCAAAACUGUAAUCCACGUGGUGGUCCUAUUGCAAAUGAUAUACGGUCUGAAUUUGCAAACUACUUCGUUUCAACAAUAGGCUCGGUGCCUUGGCAACCAGAAGCGCAUGGUUAAUAUUUAUGUUUUGAAUUUUACGUAUAUUAUUAAAUAAAUAACUUCAAACACUUACCACA